AUGAGAGAGAAUGUGGGCAGCCACCAGCUUUCGGCAGCAAGAAAACAAUCCUAUCACAGCAAGGAACUGAAGUCCAAGAGUCUCUUCGGCCUGGACCCUCUCUCUCAGAUACAUCAGGGCCCCUUUGAGGACAAAGGUUCUACAGCCCUGCACGUGCAGCUGAGCGGAGGAUUCAAGCCUCCAAAACAGUCCCCAAAACAUUUUCUAGACUUCUCCUCAUUCAACAGGGCUGUCCUGUAUAAGGAUAUUGUUGGAAUGAGCCUGUGUGACUUCCACGGUUGGAACAGGAAGGACAUUGCCCUCUUGGAUCACACACUCUACAAGAAAGCAGCCCCCUGUCAUGAGGACCCUCAAGCAACUCUACGAAGAGAUCAACAUCAUGCAGAAAGGAGACCUCUCCCCAACAGCCACUGUGCUGGCCAUCUGGCCUGUGCAUUAAGCAGCGUCCCUAGGCUCUACCGUGGAGAUGAGAGCAACAUCACCCCAGCUGUGACAACCACAAAUGUUCCAGGCGUUGCCAGACACCCCUGGGAGGGAACAAAGUCGCCCCGGCGGGCUACCACUGGGUUAGAUCGGAGUCAGAGGCAAGGCAGCGGCCCUUACAGCCAAAAUGACAAACUUCAAAAGCGAAGGCCCCUGCCAGGGCAGCCCAUCAUCAUUGCUCCGGAGGAGCCACCACUGGACGCCGGAGAGGGCUUUGUGUGUACCAGGUGGCUGGGCCAGAGUCCCAGGUAUCCAGCCAAACUCGAGCCCCUGGGUCAGCGUGAGCAUCGCGCAGAUGUCGUCAAAACCCCAAACAGCUGCCUUGCGGUAAAGGAGUUUGUCCUGGAUGAACUGUGUCGGGGAGGGAAAGGGGGGAUGACCAAACCAGUGGGAAGGAAGGCCUGA